GGUACAUAAGAGAUUAAAAGCAUAUAAGGAGAAAUAUGGUAAAUAUGUUACUAAUGGUUUUGGCAAAAGAAAGCGAAGUUUGAUGCAUUGGAAUAUAGAGAUUUCGAGAAAUUUGCUAGAGAGAAAGGAGUCUGAAGGGUAUUCUACGGAUGGCCAACGACUAUCCAACUAUUAUAAUAUUCAGCAUUUCCCUGCUAAUUUCAUUAUAGAUCCCCGAACAGGUGAAUUUUUGGAGCAAUUCAGAAUUCGAGAUGUAUUUUCGUUCUGCGAUAAAAGUACUCAGUUUUUGGAUGCUAAUCCCGAUUAUGGUACUAGAGACUACCAUCUUAUUAGUGCACCGGCCCCAGCAUUAUCAAUGGAACCUAGUUUAUCUCUUUCGGCUGGUGUAAGAGACGUCAGAUAUACGGUGGAAACUGUUUCGAUAUCAAAACAACCGUCGAGAAAACGUGAUAAAAGUUAUUUAAAUGUGGACUUAGAAACGUUUCCCCCGAAAAGAAUUUGUAACGGUAUAGAGAGAUUUUCCAAUGGUUUAACUAUGGAUACUGAGUCAGGACCCUGCAAUAUUUCGAAACCGCGAUCAUGGAAUUUCUAUGUAAGUUGUCCUGACGAAAUGGCUCAAAAACUUUAUGUUAUGCUUUCAUUUCCAAAUGGCGAUCGCAGAUGUAUCGAAGUGUGGGAUACUACUACAUUAAAGGUACUCUUCGUUCUCAUUGAAGAAUGUGGUUUCGAUUCUAUGGAGCAUCAAUUUAUACUCACUUAUCCAAAGAGAGAAUAUACAGUUAUUCACUGUUCGCAUACUCUCAGGGAGCUGGGUUUCAGUAAGCGUGAGCUUGUUCAUGUGGAAAAGAUAUAAUU